GAACGUAUGGAAUUACCAAAUUUCAAUAUUGCCACCGAUCGUGCACCACCGAUCAAUUUAACAGUCUCAACGCUCGAAGAAGAAAUGUCAUCUAGCAUUAGAAAUCAAGACGAAUGCGAUGAGAAUACAGAGAAUAUCGAUCCUUUGUUAGAAGAAUCUGANCAAGAAAAUACGGUGUCGAGCCAUCCCACUGAAUCUUACAAAGUGAUGGAUGAUGUGUUGGCGGCAUCUGGAGAUGGACAUAAUCAAAAGCAAACACAACAACAAAAACGAAGCACAAUCUACGGCAUCUCUCAGGAGCUUCUGAUUGCUGAUGAAACGAUACGAAAUGAUGCUGACAAUCAGGGUGAUAGACGACGAUCGACGUUGAUUGACACAGCGGUUGAUGAGUUGAGAAGAAAAUCAUUGAAAAGUAGCGCACAAGAACCGCAGAUAGCACAGGUACCUCUGACGCAACUACCUGAGACAAGAAGAGUAUCGCAAGUGGUGAACAGCGCUGCGGUAUCUCAACCGAACAGUCAGCAGGACGAAGAAGAACCAAUGGAAAUUGAUCAAACGUUGAAUGAAUCUGAAAGGACGCAACGAAUGAGAACAGCAGCAAAUGCACCACCGCAAGCUAACGAACAGAAUGAAGGGAAACGUGGUGAAUGGCUGACUGAUUUGGUGCUCGGAGUUGGCACCACGAAAGUGCCACAACCGUAUGGUGUAGCACGGAAGUGGACUAAUUCAGUAGCAUCGAGAAAGUCUUAUGCAUGUGGACAAAGGAUUGACAACAAUGAUGAUGAGACGAUAGUCGAAGACGUUGGGAAUUCGAAAACAGCAACUGCUCGAAGUGUUCGUCAUUCGAUGGAUAGCGCUAUCACGAGACCAACGAGUGAUGUAUACGACAAUGUUGGUGAAACAUAUGUAAUGGCCGAAACAACGACAGCAACAACUCACGAGGAAGAGAUGGCCGCCAGAGCUCUGAUGGGCUUGAGCAAUGCUUCGGUAGCGACAAAAAUGCCCACAGAGAUUCAUCAAAGCCCUGAAAAAUUGCCAUCGUCGUCAUCAGCACAACCGGACUCAGUGAAGAAUGCAGUAGAAAAUGAGGAAAUAUCGCAUUCAUCUUCUCAAACCGGCAAUGAUACAGCUGGUACUCAGAGUCUGUCUCUGGAUGUACCACACACUGGCGUGCCUGCUGUGUUGAAGGGAACCUUCAAUGAGUCAUCAAUCGAAAAAAUCACCAAUGAAGGAGAUACCCACAACGAGAGUACUCUUGUGGCUACACGUUCGAUGCGUGAAGAAAUGUUGAAUUUCCUUGACGCUUCUUAUGGUGGUCAUGCAAAAGCGCCGAAGAGUAAUCGAACGUUGUUCUCUUUCAAAACACCGAAGAAAACUAACGCAGGAAAAAGUAAAGUUGACAUCAGACGGCAUUCGCAUCAUGUGACAACAGCAACGACAGCUCAGAAAGAUGCUGUUUUCGAAAAACGUGUUACGAGUACACCGUAUUCGGAAAAUCAACCACACGUCUGUCCUCGAUUCGCUGCACAUCAGGCGAGAUCGCUCUCACCAGCAAGAACAAAACAGCAGAAGAGUGCGCCGUCAACCCCGGUGAGUGGUUCCCGCAUGGUGCGUAUUGGGCCUGGCACACGCAUCCUUCAUUCACCAGUUGUGAAUGUGGCAAAAGAAGAUAAGUCUUCGCCAUUCCGAGUGCCCAGCAUUCCGAGCACCACUCGUCGAUCACAGACCACAUCAGUGGCUUUGCAACAGAUCGCUGACUACAAAUCACCGGAUCGAAGCCGUGAAUUCGAUACAGUGAAUAUCUCCUCUUCAACAAACACGCUACUGCCCUCGCCACGACCAUCCGGAACGAAGCAUUCUCGAAUCCCGGCGCCCAGCGCCGAAGAAGCUCCAAAGCAACAACAACAGCGUCAGCGCCACUCGGUUAAAUUCAACGCUGACGUGUCCGAUGAAGUGAAGCAAUACCUCAUAUCAGGGGGCACUCCACGUCCGAACUCUCGAAAUGAAAGCGGUACUCAAGCUGCAGCACGCGCAGUGCAAGCCACAAGCCCGUCGUCACCGUGCCCAAGACGAAGUGGCUUUGUGCUAAUCGAACCGAAAACUCCGGCCGCCGGUUUUGAUUUCUCUCAACUGUUGUCCGAACAGCUGUUGGCGAGUGGUCCCGUGUGCCGUCGUCAACCCCUACAAAAUCGUCGUUCUAGUCGUCUCCCCUUACCGAAACUGAAUUUUGACACGAAACCUGAAGAUGGAUUAGAACAACAGAACAAGCCAAAGACUGAGUUAGGAGAUGCCAACCAAUCGACAGAUUCAACAGAAAAGGGAGAGCCCAUCCGAAAGAUAGUGAUUGGUGAUGAAGACGAUGAGGAUGUGGGCGAUUAUGGUAUGGAUGGUCUGGAGAGUGAAGCAAGUCGUUUGAGUAUUCACGACGAUGACGAAGUGGACGAUGCGAUUGAUCGAGUGAAGGUAUGGGCAAAGGAAACUGUACGAGCAACUGAACAGCGAAAGAGUAUUCGCACAAAGUUGUUGGAUCUUUCGAUAGCAACGUUAAAUUCGCCAGAAGUGGAGAAGGACUCGACCUAUCGUCUUCAGAAAACGAUCGUCGACAGUCAACAAGAUUCGUUGGCCUUAUCAAGCACUACAGCAGAUAUCUCAGCGUGCUCGUCGCACUAUUCACCCAUCCAUAUAACUGCUGCACCCGAGCCAAAACACGAAGAAGUCGGGUAUUUGGCGAAGAGAAAAAUUGAACAUCCGCAUGAUAUACCCGCGGGUGUGCGACGUUCAACACGAAAUCGUGUGCCACCGUUGCGUUCUUGGCUCGGUGAACAACCAAUCUAUCGAAUUGACGAAAAUCACACUCUUGAACUGGUCGACGUUUCAACGGUGAGCAUUCGAGAUCGGUAUCUUCUCAAGUAUAAUACUGCUUCACCAACUGUUGCGUUUGAGCGUGCUGCGCGUACACAAAAACAACGAGCGCAUGCAAGGAAACUUCUUCGGGAGUCGAAGCUGUCUCGUAAGAAACAAAAAAUCAAGGAACUGAAGGAGAAGCACAAACGCGCCGAGGAUUUGGACGUGAGCACUCAGGAUAUCAGAACGUCUUCAUCUGAAUCUGAGAGCGACUAG